GCGGAGAGGGAGUUCUACCUUUCGAGGCGCUACUCCGACAGCUAUGGCGGAGAAGCCCUGCGUUUCCAUAGCAACAAACUAAACGGGGAGUGCCGGUGUCACUGAGAGCUGGUUAUUUCAUCAUUGAAAAUUUCUUGAAUAAAUGAAUAGUAAAGCACUCACCAUGUCUCUCAAUCAAAUGCCUGUUCCUGGGCCACCAUCUGCGUCCAAACCAGAGGGCAGAAAAAUGAAAGGUAGUUUAUCUCUGGUACCUGUCAGCAGUAGAAGUGCAGAGCUCCCUCAGCUAAGAAACAAAUCAAGUAUGCUGGACUGUUCAGGGCCUCUUCCCACUUCCCUACAGUGCGAUUUCAUCCCAAAAGAGAUCCUCCUAGCUCUGACUUCUGCGGCCAGUAGUGCCUAUAGCCCUGAAUACUUAAGACCCCCCAAGAAAAACAAAAGUGCAAAAGACUUCAAGGGGAGCAUGCGUGUCCCAGAUGGGCUCUGGCAACAUCCCAUUCGCAGGAACAAGUUCAAAUACCUCAUAGACCAUCCCAUCUGUCUGACGGGAGCUGGAAGGGAUGUCUCGUUUCUAUAUGACAUAGCUGGAAAAGAAGAUGAAAGAAAGAUGUCUCCAGCAAGCCCUUUAGCUGAACCACAUCGUUAUGGUUCAUCCAUGACUAGUGCUACAAGUGUAGCAGAUAGCCUGGUCCCUGAAGAAUUUCACAUAGUGAAGAACAAAGGAGUCUUAGGCUUGGAGUAUUAUGAUGAUAAAUACACAACUCUACUUGAAGAUAGUGAAAAUAGAUUGCGGCUAUUCCCAUCCAUGAAACCAUCUGGGAGAUUAGAGGUCAUCCAGCUGAUGAAGGUGAUGGACACCAUGCUGGAGAAGGCUGGAGUAGAUGAUGAGCAAAUUGGGAUAACAGGACCUUCACAGUUGCACAAUGUAUUGGAGGUUCUGAAGACAGAGCAGAACAUUUACAACAUAGUGUUCCAUGAGCUGAUUCGACAGGUCAGUGUGGAUUGUGCAGAGAGAGGAGAACUGCUUUCUAAGCUUAGGCAGAGGUAUGUGAAUCUGCUGGAUCGAAUCCCCCAACAGAUGAGAAACCUUUACAAAGAAAUGAUGGCGCAACGAGUAAUGGACAGGCACAUUACAGAAGAGUUAUACAACUUCAAGGAAUCUAUUGGACAGCUGACCAGUGAGCUAUGCGAGGUCCGAGAACAUGACUUCAGGGUGACGAGAGAAGCAGAACGGGCCCAUGAGGAGCUGGCUGAUGCAGUGCGGGACGCUGAGCUGAAUGCAAAUCUUGUGGAAGAAUAUCGUGAGUUGUAUGAGUUACAAAGAGCGAGGCUUGAGACCCAGCUGCUCCAGUUAACCCAAGAGAAAGAAAUCUGGAGCUCAGCUACAUAUGACCUGGCAAUGAAGGUGAUCGAAAGAAACCAGCUCACGUUGUCUCGCAAGCUCUAUGUCAGUGAAAAGGCAUGGACCAAAGUCAUCAGACACUUCAUAGUGCUUCUGGCAUCACAGGACACAGCAGACCUUUCCGAUUUGCAGGAGAUGACUGAGCAGUUCAGGGAGCUGUUGGACCGCAUUGGAAUUGAAGUGGAACAUGCUGAAAACUCCAGCAGGGAGAAGCUGCGAAUGGUUCAGAAUGGCCUCACCAAGUGGAUGCAGUACUUCCAGGACAAUGUUUUCGGGAAAGCAAGCUUCUCUAAUACGAAGGGAGAGAUAUUGGAGGAAAUCCUACAGGACUUCAAGAACUUGGAAAAUAUGUUGAAUGAGGACCUGGAGCAAUAUGGAGGGGAAGUUCUGCUAAUGAAGAAGGAGACCCUCAAGACUGCUGCCAACCUGCAGAAACGCUGGACAGAGCUGGGACAAACAGUGCUUAGUCGUCACAAGGACAUUAAUGGGGUGUUGCCUCCAGAGCUCAGGGCCAUGGAAGAAAUAAAUGAACGUGCAAAUGAGCUCUGCCAGCAGUACAGCGUAAGAAUAAAUGGGGAGAAUGGGGUAACCAGGAUUUUGACAGGUUUAGUGAGCAGUAUGGAAGAUUGGACGUUCAAGAUGCUAACCAACAAGCGAGGAUCUGGCAUGCAUGACUCUGAUUGGCUGAAAUUGUUUCGAGUGAUUCCUGAUUGGCUGACCCAGGUGGCUGCACUGAUGACAAUUAUAGGUUCCGGACAGUCUCAUGAGGAUCGGAGAAAUAGAAAACCUAAUGCCUCGGUCGUUUCAGGUGAUGUGUUUAAGAUGAUUCAACAAUGGAUCUUGACCACAACUUCUGGGGCUGAGAAGGACAACAUACAGCUCACACAGGAAAUGAUUGAUCUCCACAAAGACCUGACCAUGUGGAUAGUGAAUUUCCUGGCUUUGAUGGUACCUGACCACUCCUCCAAUAAGGGUCUCCUAGAGAAUGAGUCAGAAGCUGCUAAGGAUCAAGAGCUCAAGAGGCUAAGGGGCUAUAAACUAGAGGAAGAAGCUAUGAACCUGGUUCCCAAACUGAGCAGAUUCUCCAGCUACGUAAUGAGCUGCUGCAAGGAGUUGGUAGAUGUUACAGUUCGGAAGAAACAAGCUGAAGCGGAUUCAGACCACAAUUAUGAGCUGCGGGAGCUGGAGAAAAUCAAGACCGAGUGCCUUGAUUGGAUUAAUACCUGCAAUCUCCUGCUUUCUGAAUUCAAAGGCUCUCCAGUCUCCUUACUGAGUUUAGAAGAGCAGAGGAACCUGUUUGGGCCUCAGGAGACCCAGCCACAGAUGCACUCAACUGUUGUGGAUUCUUUACCUGAAGAAAUUUCUGAGACUUCUUCUGAACGUGGAAAAGACAAAACUGAAGAUGUUGAUGUUGAUAAGAAAUCUGUGAAAGGGGAAGAAGUGUUAGGGGAAAAGCAGGAGCCACCUGUGCCAGACGUCAGCAGUGACGUCCCAACUGUAAGCAGUGAGAUAAUGGAGGACACCAUCAGGUACCUAGGACAUGACUCCAACAUCCAUUUGAAAUCCCUCAAGUCAACAGCGGUGUCCGUCUCUGGGAGAGAGAUGACUGCCAGCAAGUCAACAACCCCAUAUUCUCGAAAGGAGUUUGAGACCUUGGCUUCACUAGAACGUCUGCAAGAGCAGCUCCUAGAAGCUGAGAUCCGUGCUCAGGAUGCAGAGGAGAGAUCAGAAAGUCUGGAUGAGCAUCUGGAAGAAGCUCUGGGGAGAAUCCAGGAUCUAGAGAAACAGCUGGAAAAAGCACUCAAAGCCCAGGAAGUACCACCAAAACCAGAAGUCCCUUCCCAAGAAGAAUCCAAGCCAACUUCUCAUAAACCAUCUGCCGCUGCCCGGUCCAGGAAAACCAGCAGACCCAAACAUUAAAGAGUAGCAAUGCCCAA